ACUCGUCUGCGACGGCGCCUGCGCGAAACGCUAUGCUGAUGGUGCGGCGUUGCGGUCUUCUCUUGCUGUCCCUGCGGCAGGGUCUCGGAACCAAUUCAUUCCUGCGCGGCCUGGGGCAAGAGCCCUUCGAGGGAGCUCGGUCACUGUGUUGCAGGUCCUCGCCUAGAGAUCCGAGAGAUAGAGAAAGAGAGCACGAGGCGGCACAGAGGAAAGCCCCAGGAGCAGAGUCUUGCCCAUCUCUCCCUCUGAGCAUCUCGGACAUUGGGACUGGAUGUCUUUCGUCAGAGGAAAGCCUCAGACUUCCAACGCCGCGGGAAGAGUCAUCCCCUCGAGAGCGCGAGGACUCGAGCGGAGACCAGGGCCGGUGCGGUCCCGCACACCAGGGAUCCGAGGAUCCCUCGAUGCUCUCGCAGGCCCAGUGCGCUGCCGAGGUCGAAGAGCCUCAUGUCACCCCUUCUUGUUCAGCUUCCAGAGAGAGACCCUUUCAGGCUGGGGAACUGAUUUUAGCUGAGACUGGGGAGAGAGACACACACUUUAAGAAAUUAUUUAGGUUGAGUAACGUCGGACUCUUAAAUAGUAACUGGGGGGCAGUCCCGUUCAGCAAGAUCGUGGGGAAGUUCCCUGGCCAGAUACUGAGGAGUUCCUCCGGCAAGCCGCUCAUGUUGAGGAGGCCAGCAUUAGAAGACUACAUAUUAUUGAUGAAAAGAGGGGCUGCCAUAACGAACCCAAAGGAUAUUAAUAUGAUUCUCUCAAUGAUGGAUAUAAACCCAGGUGAUACUGUUUUGGAAGCUGGCUCAGGCUCUGGUGGAAUGAGCUUAUUUUUAUCCAAAGCAGUUGGAUCACAAGGACGAGUCAUAAGUUUUGAGGUACGAAAAGACCACCAUAAUCUGGCUAAGAAGAAUUACAAACACUGGCGUGAUUCAUGGAAAUUAAGUCAUGUAGAAGAGUGGCCAGACAAUGUGGAUUUUAUUCAUAAGGAUUUCUCAAGAGCGGCUGAAGACAUAAAAUCUUUAACAUUUGAUGCAGUAGCUUUGGAUAUGUUAAAUCCUCAUGUUGCUUUGCCUGUUUUUUACCCACAUCUUAAGCAUGGUGGUGUAUGUGCUGUAUAUCUAGCAAACAUCACACAGGUUAUUGAACUUUUAGAUGGAAUUCGCAUCUGUGAACUUGCUCUUUCGUGUGAAAAGAUAAGUGAGGUCAUUGUCAGAGAUUGGUUGGUUUGCCUUGCAAAACAGAAAAAUGGAAUUUUACCUCAAAGAGUAGAACCUGAAAUCAACACAAAUGUACAACUACAUUCUCAAGAGCAAAUUGGAGUUGAAGGUGAGCUGUUUGAAGAGGAUGACGAUGAAGAAUCACAUUCUGAUUUUCCAUAUGGAUCAUUUCCCUAUAUUGCUAGACCAGUACACUGGCAAGUUGGUCAUACAGCUUUCCUUAUCAAGUUGAGGAAGGUCAAACCACAACUUAACUGAGUACUCCAGAUGACAGCAACUGACUUGAAGAUGGAAAAAUAUCAAAAUAGAACUUUACAUUGAAAAUUACUACUUUCAUAGAUUGGUAUUUUUAGCUAUUACUAUGACUUAUAUAACUUUUACAUAUAAUUUUGAAAAUAACAAAAUAAAGAUGUACAACAUGGCAAAACUGCUUAAACAUCCCAUUUGACACUUGUCUUGCAGUUAGUUUGACAUUUUAUAGUAAAUUAUUCCAGACCGGUUUAGUUGAGCCAUCUCAUUCUUCACUUCCUGUAAACCACUCCAUAGACUUGUCUUUCUUCAAGAAAUUAGUUUUUUUCCCUUUGUUUGAUUGAUGGUCAUUGACUACUGAAAUACAAAAUAUGCAUUUAAAGAUAAA